UGCAGUCUAUAUACUUGCUCAAGAUACGAGGCCAUAGAAUUAAUGGACUACUCCAGCUCCGGCGAAGCCCCAACCAUUCCGAGACCUGAAUCUGCAAAACCCUAGCAUUCCAGCCACAGUCAUAAGGAACAUUAAGUAGUUAUUUGGAAAACAGGGUCAUUGCAAAGCUGAAUAGACUUCAUCCAUCGGGCCUUCUCUUUUUAAGAUGGCUGCUACUUCAUCUGCAGCACCAACUAGUGGCCCAAAAAUUUCAAUGUUCAGUGCGAAGGCUGGAUUUGUUAUACCGAGAAACAAGUUGUCUGGUGCAUUGGUUCCUACAAUUAGAGGUGGAAAAAAGUCGAGAGACAAUGAUGCUGCCGAUGGAGAAAGCUCCAACCAAGUGCAGAGGAAAACAAAGUGGGGCCCUGAUCUUACGGAGGAUGCCUCUGUCAGAAGGGGAAGAGCCUUAGCCUAUCAGACUCGUGUGGAUCAAAUUACUCAGCAACUAAAGUCAGGAACUCUCGAAGUUGGAGAUGUUCAAGACUCAUCAUUCGAUGCUCUACUUGCAAAAGUAGAAUCUUCCAGUCCUCAGAUUGACAACGAGAUGUCAGAACUUUUGAAUAUCGAAAAGCGGGAGGUGAUCAGUGAGAUACUUAAAUUGAAUCCAAGUUACAGGGCCCCAGCUGAUUAUAAACCUGUUCUAAAAGAGGCCAGAGUUCCUAUUCCUGUGAAAGAUUAUCCUGGAUACAAUUUUCUUGGUCUUAUAUUUGGGCCUGGAAGUGGGACUCACAAGCGGCUAGAAAAGGAAACGGGAGCCAAAAUAAAAGUUUUUGGCACCAAAGAAAGCAGUGGAGAAAAGGUUGAAAUUUUUCCAUCUGAUGGGAAUGACUUCCAGACUGAUUAUGAAGAGUUAUAUAUUCUUGUAUCAGCUGAGACAUUCGAGAGAGUUGAUGCAGCCGUUUCUUUAAUUGAAAUGCUGGUCACCUCAGUAUCUGGAAAUUUAGCUGCGGUUUCUGUAUCUGCUUCCCUUCCCGUGGAUAAUGCAACUCAAGGCCAGGAUUCAGCUACUCACCCAACAGUCAUAAACCAGGCAGUGGUGCAUCCGGUGGUCCCACUUGCCCCAACUCCAUCACAGGGUCAGCUCCUGUUUUCUGGCCCUUCUCAAAUUCCUUUGCAAUUCUCUUCUGGCUUGUACUCCCCUCAGGACUUUUCAGCGCCAAUUCGGAGCAAUCCUGUAAAUAUGCAGCCUUCUCCUUUCAAUCCCUCUGCUAUGCCUUCAUUGUUUGGACCUGGACCAGCCCCUGCCAUUGGAUAUUAUUCUGUUCUCCAAAACCAACAUCCAUCAACACAAGUUUUGACAAAUGCAUACAUGCCUCGAACUAAUCCUCUCAAUCAUAACUUACCCCCUAGAAACUUUUCCAUGCCAGCGCCACAGCCUUCAUCAGCUCAAUCUAACAUUUCAGCACCACUUUCAUUUACUGGUAGCCAAUCACAGCCUACAGGUCCCAUUGGGAGCCAAUUAAUAUCGUCAUUUUCGCAACCAGGAUCAGGUAUUCCUCCACGACCUCUACCUGACCAACCACUAGACCUUGGAGGGAGCUCUUCUGGUUGGUCUAGAAAUCCUAUGAGUAUCCAACCAUCUCUUGGUCCAAACAGUUCUGGGCAGUUCACACCACUCAUAAUUCCUCCUCAGAGACCUCGGCCUGCAAAUCCACAGCCAGUCUUUCCAUCCAUGGUCCCACCUUCAAAUACAUCCGGAUCACAUAUGGUUAUGCCUGUAUCCUUUCCAUCUGGGUCACCUGCUCCCCAGUCAUCCCUUUUUAACUCUGUUCCAACCUCUCAGGUGGGAUCUUCACAUCCAACACCAGUUGGACUACCUGUUGUGCCUAUGGCACCUUCACCAAGUCCAUCCAUGAACUCUGCAUUUGGUUCAACUCCAAUUCUGCCACCUAUGCCAUCCCCACCUAUGGCGGCAACUUUGCAGGCAAAAAGUGCGGCAAAUUUUACUCCCAUUAGACCUAUAAUGACACAGCAUCCAAGUUCUGGUGAUUUUACUUUUCAACCUCACAGAACACCAAACCUAGCCUCUCAAAUGGGUCCUCGGCCUGGUGGUCACCCUGCAACUCCAGAUUCUCCAUCUCCGAGACCAAUGGUGCAAUCACCUGGACCUCAAGCACCACCUUUCCGGUUUUCUCAGCCUGUCAUGCAAAGCUUUGUAAGACCACAGAUUGGCAACCAGAUGGGUCAAGCGAUGGCCUCAGUCAUGCACAGACCUCCUGCAUAUCAAGGGCCACAAAUGGGAAUGGGGAACUUUACUACUGCUCAUCAGAGGCACUUAGCUGGUCCAAUUCCCCCUAGGCCAGGGAAUCAUUUACAACUUCAGCAAAAUUACCCUACCUCAGUAACUCCAAGAGAAAAUUCUGUUGCUUCAAGCCAGCGGUUCAACUGCAAUUUUCCAGUUGCACCUGGUAAUCCAGCCCCUUUGGGAGGGCAGCAAGUGUAUGAUCCAUUUUCACCCACUUCUGUAGCUGUUCCAGCUCAUCAACAAGGAGGUAAUGAUCCAGAGUCGAAGAUCUGAUGGCCUCUUUUGGAGUAAAAUAGUGAUAGUUUCUGUUGACUAAGACAUUAUUGAUCAAUAGAACUUAUUGGCGAGCAAAUAACGUUUCAUUAUUCCCUGGAAUUGUUAUAUGAUUCUAUUUGAUUAUCAGUUAGUUCA